UGUAUGGCGAACAAACACAACUCGUGACAGUAUCCGCUUCGAUAGUAUUUUCUUGUAAGUUGUAUCGCUGCGAGUAAUUCCUAAACCCUUCACUCAAGCCUGCCUCAAUAAAUCCGGCUAAUUUAAGAACCUAGGAGGUACAGUUCAAUAUCAAAAUAGCCGAGCUGAACCGAGGCUAGCGUAACUUCGUGAUCCGACCACUUUGUAUGUUUAACGCCAUGCGCUGGUUCCUGCACCAAACACACGUACAGAUGGUUAUAAAAUGCUGUCAUCCCGAGAGGCAUCGAACAAGUGGAUUCAACGCCGGAGCUAGCAAUUUCGGGAACGUACAGGUCCUACUCCCAGUGGGCAGUCUGCAAUCUGCUAAUUUCGCGAGAAAUGUCUAAACGAGGGAGGAAGGAUUGCUGAGUUUUGUGUGCAAAUAUUGAAUUACUCACUAACGCCACUCGCUAUUGGAGGGACGGACACAGAAACGCUGGGAGAUUGGAGUGGGUUAGAAGAACACACAGUGUGGGACUUGACGCAAACAUGAUUUACCCGAGAAUACCGCGUGCAGCGUUCUUUGUUCUCAUCCCCGCCAUCCUGAUUGCCCUGUGCAGUGGAGAAGAUGAUGCACCCCGCGUGGAGAGGGCUAUUGGAGGCCGCCCUGUCAGUCGGGGUUCCACGCCCUGGCUAGUGUUGCUAAGGGCAACCAUAGUAACGACACGGUUCCUGGGAAUCCCACUUCAACAUCGUCAUAUAUUCUGUGGGGGUACAGUUCUCAAUGACCGCUGGGUGAUUACCGCUGCCCACUGCUUUAAGGAGUACGGGUCAACGGCAAGAUCACCUCGCAACUGGGAGGUCCGUCUCGCCACAACCAAACUCAGGACAUCGCCGGCGGAGCGGCUACUACAUCUUCUGGGACGGCUACUACAACGAUCUGAGUGGAUGCAGUGGGAGAUCGGGGUGGAGAGAAUAGUGAUCCAUCCGCACUAUAACGAAUCAAGUAUCUGGGCCAACGACAUCGCAAUGGUCAGACUGAGCCGCCCAGUGCCUUCCGGUCCCGAAUUCGGCUACAUCAAAAGGGUCAACCUCCCCCGUGCCUUUGACGACAGUUUCCCUGGGGUGGGUCAGCUGUGUGUCACCACCGGGUGGGGCUGUACCAGUAACGGUGGCGGGCCAUCUCCUGUAGCACGUGAGAUUCAGCUGCCAGUGUACAGUGACUACAUGUGCGAACUCCACUACAGUAUCCGGGACAUGGACAAACGGGUGUGUGCAGGGUACAGGAACGGAGGAGUCGGUGUUUGCUCGGGCGACAGCGGGAGUCCUCUGGUAUGCCGGGAGGACGGGGAAGAUGUCAUAGCGGGCGUCGUCUCUUUCACCAGCCGUGAUCGUCCCGGGGAGUUCCCCGCCGUCUUCACCAGGGUCACCGACUAUGUCACGUGGAUCCGCAGCGUCAUCGGCGAAUCAUGAUGACGACAUCGCCGAUGGCUUGUUCUGUGAUAUGUAGAUGUAUUAUGUUAUUUAGCGUUAUAUGAGUUGACAAUACACGCCAGGAGGACCUACUACAAGGUAUCAGACUCGAAUAUGGAUUAGCAUUACUGUAGGCAUGCUCGUACUAGGACAUAGUGGCUCUGGUAUUAUCACUGCACGACACACACUGUUCACUGAUGUUGUCUGGCGUUAGAGGAGCAGGUGUAUGGUACACCGAAAAGUCCAGGAUUUUGAAAUGAGAUUAAGGUGAGAAGAUGAACACUUCCACUGACACACACUUGAAGCAACCACUGACGCAAGUUGACAUAGUGAGCGUCUCACAAUGGGGAUGUGCACGUUCUGCACGCACCGACAGUGAUUGUCUACUUCUUUGAGAGGCAUUUAGAAGCUCACUAAGGAAGGAUAACAAUAUAUAUCACAGUGGGAGGGGCGUUUCGGUGUAGGGACACGUGUUAGCGUUCACACCCUGAUCGUUAGCAAUGUGUAGUUAACUGACUUCCCCCAUGCUAUUGUAACCCUAAUUCCAAAUGACUGUUAAAACACGUCUUCACUCGUGUAUAUAUGCCUCUCAAUCCUUAUUCUGUUCAUUGCAUGCUUGAUAACGGUGUUAAUAUCUACACUGUAGUGACGGAAUCGUUCGUCGAUAUAUGGUUAUCUUUCCUCGUUGGUGUCUCACUACUGCCGUGAUGUCCCCCUCUAUCUACGUUGUAUCUUCUGUCUGGACUGUUGAAUCAUGUGUUCCACCAGUUUCUAACAGUAAAGGGAGCUAAGUUAAGGAGAAUGUUUACACCUGGGGGUCUAGCAAUUUGUGUAGUCGUGUGCGUUUUGUUCUGCUUAGACCAUAAACUGUAGACUAUAUAUAUAUACAUCGAGUGAUAUCACAUGGACUUCAAGCAAGUUCUAAUGCUGGUGUUGUUGAUAAGUCCAAUUGUCUCAUGCCAGCAAUACGUUGCUGAACUGUGAAAAUAUGUUCACGAAACGUGAAAGUAUGUUCACGAAAUGCCUUAAUGUCAUAAUAUUUCACAUGCACAUAUUUAUGUCGUUCUGUAACACUUUUCAUAAUAUAAUUCAAGUAGGAUAGAUAUUUGUAAAGUAACUUCCACAGUGGGAAAUAUUUCUCAAAAUAUUUUUUAUCUUUCUCAUCUUGAAUAAAUAUUGUUCGGAAUU